UUAGCAAUUUAACCUCAUUCUCAAUUUGUCAAUUUAAAGUUACGUGUUCAAUGCGUAAUCUUAUUGGUCGACUGACAUUUCGACGCAUGAGAAACUGGGCUUUAAUAUUUUUGCGAGCCGAAUGCCGAAUGUGGUAUAUCUCUGUAUAUUUUUCGGGACUGUGUCUUGUAUUUCAUGUGUCAUUAGUGCAAAUAUUUGAUCGUAAUUAUUUGUCGGUGAGAAAAAUAAACUCGUGAACACGAAGAAUAUAAAAAGGAUAAAAACACUGUGGUAAAAAUUGUAUAGAAAGAGUGUACUACAUCCAAAGAACGGAUUUUCAUUAGUGAACACCUAACCUAAUCUAACUAAAUGUUUAGCUCCCUUUUCCAAUAGAAAAGUGCUAUUUGCGACAUAAUUACAGUUGAUAACGAGCGUCGUGUCCAAUACAAUAUCGAGUCGUUUUCAUUAAUAUUAAUGAGAUACUAAUUAUUCUACAAUUUCAUCUCGUAAUUCAUUAUUGGUUGAAAGGACAACAAUUUAAUGUGUAUUUUACCCAUAUAAUGGACAUUGUCUAAGAUUGAUAAGAUAAUUAUUUGCAUCAAAUUAGCAUUACAUACAAAAAGUAAUUAUAUUGUAAAGGAUGAGCGAGACUCCAACAAAUGAUAUGCCGGAGAGCAACGGUGCAAUGGAGCAAUCUACUUACAAUGGGGAAGCAGAAGAACAUGCUGUCAAAUCUCCAGUAAGUAUCGAAGAGAAAGUACCAGAUUCAAUAUGCGAUAAUGGUAUAAAAAGGAGCGCCACUGGCAACAGUAAUACACCAAAUAGAACGAAAAAACGCAAGAAGACUCCAAGAGAUGCCACUGCGCCAAAACAACCUCUGAGCGGUUAUUUCCUGUUUUUAAAUGACCGGAGAGAAAAAGUUCGAAGCGAAAAUCCGAGUUUAACAUUUGCAGAUAUUACAAAGCAUUUAGCUUCGGAAUGGAGUAAAUUACCAAGUGAUCAGAAACAGCAAUAUUUGGACGCAGCUGAACAAGAUAAGGAGCGGUACAAUCGCGAGUUUAACAACUAUAAGCAAACUGAAGCAUAUCGGCUGUUCAAUGAAAAACAAUCAGAGAGGCAAAAUGAAAAUAAAAAGGAAAGAAACGGCACUGACGUAAACGUCGAGCAGAAUGAUGUUCAGCAAGAGAAGGACAAUGAUUUUACAGGUUUUGAUAUCCCUAUUUUUACAGAAGAAUUUCUAGAUCACAACAAAGCCUGUGAAGCUGAAUUGAGACAAUUGCGAAAAGCUACAUCCGACUAUGAAUCUCAGAAUGCAGUUCUCCAACGACACGUCGACAGUCUGCAUGCGGCUGUAAAUCGCUUGGAAUCGGAAACUAAUCAACAACGAACGAACAAUCAAGCUCUACAACGCAAUUUGGAUUCUCUUCGUUCGCAAUUGGCAGGUUGCUUUGCUACCAUACCACUUCCAGGUAAGGGAGAUACUGCUAUUGUAGAACUUCUUUUGUUAAAUGGUGCGACAGCUAAUAGUAAAGAUAAGAAAUGGUUGACUCCUUUGCACAGAGCCUGUUGUUUGGGCACUUACAAUGUGGUAGACAUUUUACUGAGAUAUAAAGCAGACGCGAACGCCCGAGAUCGUAGUUGGCAGACGCCUCUUCAUGUAGCGGCAGCAAAUAAUGCUGUGCAAUGCGUAGAACUUUUAAUACCGCACUUAUUAAAUAUCAAUGUCACUGAUAGAGGUGGAAGAACGUGUCUUCAUCACGCUGCAUAUAAUGGACAUCUCGAAAUGGUUGAAUACCUGAUGCAAUUUGGCUGCGUAGUGAAUGCCUCUGAUAAAAAGGACCGGAGGGCUCUGCAUUUUGCGGCGUACCAGGGUCACAACGAGAUUGUAAAAGUUCUAAUAGACAAAGGCGCCGACGUGGAUGUUAAAGAUCGAGAUUUAUAUACCCCGUUACAUGCAGCAGCCGCUUCUGGUAACGUAGAAUGUGUACAUAUUUUAAUCAACGCUGGCGCGGAUAUCGAAGCCAAGAACGUGUACGGGAACACUCCGCUGCAUAUCGCGUGCUUGAACGGAUGUCCACUUGUGAUCAAGGCGCUCAUGACUAAUCACGUAAAUUUAGAGGCUGUGAAUUAUCGUGGACAAACUGCGAUGCACAUCGCUGCCACCAGUUUACACGGUGUUCAAUGUUUCAAGAUGCUUAUACGCGAGGGAUUGAAGGUAAAUGUUCAGUCGGAGGAUGGCCGUACGCCAUUGCACAUGACCGCGAUUCAUGGAAGAUUUACUCGAUCCAAAAUGCUGCUCGAUGCAGGAGCUUUCCCGGAUGCAAGGGACAAGAACGGAAAUACGGCUUUACAUAUCGCUGCUUGGUUUGGUUUCGAGUGUCUGACAACGUCUUUAAUGGAGAGUGCUGCGUCUCCAGCUACGCGCAAUGCUCAACAAAGAACGCCUUUGCAUCUGAGUUGCCUAGGAGGACAUAUAGAAGUCUGUAGAAAACUUUUGCAACUGGAUAGCAGAAGAAUCGACGCGCGAGACAUCGGUGGCAGGACAGCUCUGCAUUUGGCAGCAUUUAAGGGUUCCGUAGAUUGCUUAGAUUUGCUGUUAUCCAGCGGCGCCAACUUUCGCCUCAUCGAUAACGACAAUAGACUGGCUCUUCAUCACGCCGCGAGCCAAGGACACUAUCCUUGCGUCUUCACUUUGGUCGGCUUCGGGAGCGACUCGAACGCUCAAGAUGUGAACGGUGCUACUCCGUUGCAUCUUGCCGCAGCGGCAUCGAAUUCGAACGCCCAAUCUUACCAGUGCGUGCAGUACUUGCUGCAGCAUCGAGCGGAUCCGCAUUUACGCGACAAACGAGGUUUCACCGCGAUCCACUACGCGGUAGCGGGCGGCAAUCAAGCGGCUUUGGAGGCACUUUUAGACGCGCCGUCGCCGUCGACAAGUGUGACGACCGCUUCUUCGCAGAGCUCAGCCUCUACGAUUGGACAGGAACAGAAACCGACUCCGCCUGCGUUGACGCCGAUUCAUCUCGCGGCAUAUCAUGGUCACAACGAAAUCUUACAAUUGCUUCUGCCGCUGUUCCCCGACACGAACAUCAAGGAAGACAGCGGGAAGACGCCGCUAGAUUUGGCCGCUUACAAAGGACACAAACAGUGCAUCGAACUUUUGUUACGAUUCAGCGCUUCGGUGUCGGUGCAGGAUUCUGUUACAAAACGUACGCCCGUACAUUGCGCCGCCGCGGCGGGUCACGCCGAUUGUUUGGCUCUUCUGCUGCAAAACGCGGAUGAUCCCAACGUGGUGAAUCGUUACGACUCCAAGCAACGAACGGCCCUGACCUUGGCGGUAGCGAAUAAUCAUCCGGAGUGCGUGAUGCUGCUGCUGAGGUACAAGGCCGACUGCAAUCUGCCGGAUGUUAACAAACACACGCCGCUCUUUCGAGCGGUGAUUAACGAACGGGAUAAUCAGCUGGUGAAGUUGCUGCUGAAGCACGGCGCGCGAGUGGCUGUGCAAGACGCGAAUGGCAAAACGCCAUUACACUUAGCAGCGGCUUGCGGCAGACUAUAUGCUUUAGCAGCGCUCGUUCAAGCCGAUCCGACCGCGGCUGCUUUGAAGGACGAUCAGGGAUGUACGGUGCUACACUGGGCCUGUUACAAUGGCAACUCCAAUUGCGUCGAGUAUCUUUUGAAUCAUAACGUGUAUGAUUCCUUGGAAGACAAUCUGUUCUCCGCGGUACAUUGCGCCGUGUAUCAAGGAUCCGCGCAUUGCUUAGACUUGCUGAUCAACAAAUUCGGCGGACAAGCAGUUGUGGCUCCGAAGGAUUCAUCGUGCGGUCUCUUGCAUGUCGCGGCCAGCGCCGGAUCCGUCGAGUGCGCACGACUGAUCCUGAACUCGGUCGGACCGGAACUAGCAGGGCUCGAGACGACCGAUUACUUCGGACGGACGCCGCUUCUUUGUGCGGCCGUCAAUGGGCAGUGCAACGCCAUCGAAUUACUGCUCGAGUGGAAGGCCAAUGUACGUGCUGUCGAUUCCAGUAAGAAUACGGCGUUGCACUUGGCAUGCCAGAGACGACAUUCCGCCGCGGCAUCGCUGCUUCUAACUUGGAUCGAGGCUGCUGAGCGAUUCGACGCCGACAAGAACAUAUCGCAACAGCAACGAGUAGCUAUUAUCAAUAUGACCAACAAACAGCAAAGAACGCCGCUGCAUCUGGCAGCGAGAAAUGGCCUCUUUGCAAUUACUCGUCGAUUAUUGCAAUUGGGCGCGAGCGUCGUGGCUGUCGAUGCCGUAGGACUCACGCCUGCGUUAGCCUGCGCCCCGAAUCCGGCAGUGGCCAAGUGCUUAGCUACUAUUCUUGCCGCGCACGGUCAGAACGGAGAAACCACGCAGUAUUCGCCAUCUAUUCAGCAAACGUCGGAGGGAUAUCUAAAUGACCGAAAUGGCAUCGACUCGCAACACAGCUCCGACUCGGAAUUUUACUGACAGCGAGUAUCGACGUGCUCGGAUCGUCCUGCGUUCCAAGCGAAUCUGAACAUGGAAUCGAUCGGACGACAAUAUCGCGAUCGCUAGAUUAAUGUGGACAGGCUGACUUCUUUCCAUUCUAGUAUAAUUAAGACCUCUUAAGAAUUCGGACGAGCCGCGUGAGAAAUUGUUAAAAAAUUGACGAACCUCCCACGGUGACUAGCCACUGUAAGUAGUAAUCGUGACAAUACCUAUGUCUGUAACUCGAUAGAGUUACUAAUCGACUGCCAAGAGGGGUACGGAUGCGUAUGUAAGUAUGUAACUAGAGUUACUUAAAGAAUAGCUAAUAGACUUGCUGUAGAACUGUACAAUAUUCAGAAUUAUCUCUUCUUAAUUUGUAAUUACGCAUGCAGACCUCAAAGAUGCGCUAAGACAAAAUUGUUUUACAUCACAUGACGCGACAUUUUAUGUAAAGAACAUUAUUAUAUAAUUUUGUGAAAUAUAUAUUUUUUUUGUAAAAACUUAUACAAAAUAUUAGAGAAUGUUUAAUUGUCAUUUGUCGAUGUCGUAACGAUAUCCGUUUACGAUUAACGAUAGAAUAAUUGGUCUCAUUUAUUUAUUAUUUAUGUUCCAAAAAUAGUUAAAAGUUAACGCUAUUGCGAAACGGGUCUUUAAUUAGGACAAAUACAAAAUCUUGCAGUUAGCGCUCAGCUGUAUUCCUCUUGGACAUUAUCGCGGUAUUGAGAUUUAUUUAUUUUUGACUCUAGCAAAAACAAAAAAAAUAUCAGGAUUAUGCCAUGAGAUCUAUUUUUCUCUUCUCUUUUAUAUAUAUACAUACAUAGUAUAUCUUAUACAUAUAUAGUUGAAGACACGAGACAUUAUAAUUUCGCCGUAUAUGUAUGCAAUUUCCCUCUCGUAGUCUUAAUUUCCAAAUUAGUCUAAUUAAUGCACAUAAUAGAUUUUCUCUACAUUUCGAACAAUUCCGUAUAAUUUUCCAAAUAACAUCAGUAAUAUAACGCGCAUAAAUAUACAUAGGACAUAAUAGAAUUCUCUCACGAUCGAUUAAUCGCGAUUGGACCACGGAGAAUAAUAAUUCUUAACAAUCGCUAACGAACACAUAAAUAAUAAUAAUAAUAAUAAUAAAUAAUAAUAGUCGCUAAUGGAGA